AUGCUGCGUGCGGGAUGGCUGCGCCUGUGCGCUGCGCUCGGCAGCCUCCUGCUGGGGCGGGCCGAGGCCCCGAGCCCCGGGACGCCGCCGGAGCGGAGCCGCCCCUACGCGGUGCUGCGUGGGCAGAACCUGGUGUUGAUGGGAACCAUUUUUAGCAUCCUGCUGGUGACCGUCAUCCUUAUGGCAUUUUGUGUCUACAAGCCCGUUCGUCGUCGGUGAUAGCCACAUAGGAACGUCCUGCAAGUUUCUGGGACAGGAUAAGUUGUGUUGCGUGGAGACAUGAAAUCAGUGUUUCUGGGAAGUGACCUUUGAUCCGAGCGGGUGGAAAAUGCUACAGGGUUUAGAAAAGUGUCUGGCAGUGGCUGUUUCCCCAACAUCAGUCAUUGCUCCUGAGUCGGUGGCGUAGUGUUUGUUUUUGUUUGGCUGUACUGGUUAAAAGUGAAGCCUGAAGCUCCAAGGUUCCCUGUGAAGACUCGUCCACUGCAAGGUGUCCAGAAGAGCCACCAAG